GUUAAAUCAGCUGACCCUGUCUUCCAAGUGUCAAAUGCGUAUUUAUAAAUAACGUAGGGUACAAGUGCAUCGCGAGUUGAGUUACUUUUUAGUAACGAAACGUCAAAAUGGUAGAUAUGAAAAGUAAUGUGAGCUUUGCAUGCCAGCGAUGUCUGCAGCCGCUCAGACUAGACCCAAGUUUCUAUCAUCUCGGGGAGCACACGUUAGCAGAACUUUCACUUCCCAUACAACAACAAGUGGUAGGGGAAAUAGAGCCUCAAAGUGGGAGUAUGGAACAUCUUGUUCCCCCAUUUAGAUUAACAGAAUCUGCAAAUGGAACUAAUGGAUUUAUGUUAGUUGGUGAUUCUGGGGAAACAGAAAGCCUCAGCCACCAUUUGAAGGUGCGGGCUACAUUGUUUGAUAUUCUCAGUAGUAGUAGUUCGGCUGAUCAUCCACUUUGUGAUGAAUGUACAGAUAGUCUUUUGUUGUUAAUGGAUCAGCAAUUGAGAAUGACAGAAGGAGAAUGGUCAGACUACAACGAAUACUUAAAGAAACUAGAAAUAGAGCAACAACAACAUGGACACGAGGAUAUUGAAAUGGAGACACUUACAAAAGAGCUUCAGGAUGUUAAAUCAGAGGAAGAAAGAAUGAUAAAUGAAUUAGAGGCACUAAAGAAGGAAGAAAUUGCAACUAGAAAUGCUAUAGCUCAACAAGAAAGGGAAAGGGAAAGACUACAAAGUGAAGAAGAAAGGUAUUGGAAGGAGUAUUCCAAACAUAAAAGAGAUCUCAUAUUAGCUGAGGAUGAGUAUCGCAGUCUGGAGUGCCAAUUAGCCUAUGCAGCUUCUCAGCUAGAAAGACUGAAGAAAACAAAUGUUUUCAAUGCUACAUUUCAUAUUUGGCACUCAGGACAUUUUGGAACUAUAAAUUCCUUCCGUUUAGGCAGAUUGCCAAGUGCACCGGUUGACUGGAGUGAAAUAAAUGCUGCUUGGGGACAGACUACAUUGUUGUUAACAUCUUUGGCUCGUAAAAUGAAUCUCACAUUCAAACGAUUCCGUUUAGUGCCAUUUGGUAAUCAUAGUUACAUUGAAGCUUUAGACCAACACAGAGAACUUCCCUUGUAUGGAAGUGGAGGAUUUAAAUUUCUGUGGGACACAAAGUUUGAUGCAGCAAUGGUUGCCUUCUUAGAUUGCUUGCAACAAUUUAAAGAACAGGUGGAAAAAGGGGAUAGUGGAUUCUGUCUGCCAUACAGAAUGGAUCGUGGAAAAAUAGAAGAUUCUGCAACAGGCAACUCUUAUUCCAUCAAAAUCCAAUUUAAUUCGGAAGAACAGUGGACAAAGGCACUAAAGUUUCUUUUGACAAAUUUAAAAUGGGGUCUUGCAUGGGUUAGUUCCCAGUUCACAAAAGAUGAGGCUGAGCAUUAACACGACAUCAAUUUAUC